UCGUCAUACCACCGACGCGUCCUCGUACGAUGGGCCCUCGCGAUACUCGUCUUCAUCCCAUGGUUUGGAUGAGCGGUACUCGUUGGGCCCUCGCGAGUAUGUGGAGAGCACUGCGCGGUACCAGCAGCCUCCAGAGUCGUCCCUACGCGAUAGUAAUGAUGGGUCGAUGCGUGAAGGUAGGCCAAACUCGGCUCCCAAAGAAUUUGAGGAAGAAGUGACCAGCCCUGGUUCAUCGCGUCAACGAACGACCAGUUUGGGCACGUCGUCUGCUGCCUCGGGCACUGUCCUCUCUCCUGGUCAACAGCAUACCUCCAAGAUGGGUUACACGUUGCCUCCGCUCAGCCAGAGCACCGCCAUGGACAUCGAUAUGGACGACCCAAAGGUGAACAAGCUGCCCCCAAUCCGAGCUCUAAUGUAUGACUCUGAUGACGAUCGUGCUCGUCCUCUGCAUUCUCAUCACCUUAACUUGCCUCAAUUGAGUGCUUCGACGACGUCUCUCUCCUCGUCGGGUAUACCUGCCACUCCCAAUAAUCCCUACUUGUCCACCACCCCACCUCGUUCGCAGCUUGGAUACAACUCUUCCUCUCCCCGCAUGUCGGUGGAUCGUCGUGAUCCCAGUCCGCCAGAGACCAAUACCAAUAAUGUCCCGACCCAUUUCCCCAAGCCGACGUCGGCUUUUUCACAACCAUAUUGGGAUGCCAAGGAGCACGUCUGGAGGCUCAAUGUUCAAGACUCUGAGAGUGCUGCGCUACCUCCUGUAGGCAACAAGGUGUGCUGGGAUGCGCGCAGUGGCAAGUGGAGGGUCGCCUAUCAUGCCCAUUUGGCGGACACAAAUUCUGGAUUCCCCGUCGCCUUUUGGAGUCAUGACACGGAAGCGUGGGUUCUCAGUUCAUCAGCUUAA